GCUGCGUGGUGGUCUGUUAGGAGUGCCAAAGAGCGACAUGUUGCCUGAUAUGACCUUAACCUUUCUCCCCUCACUUUCAUCCAUCGAAAAUAUCACAAACCUGUCUGUAUAUAUACUGCACUUACAAACUUUCAUGUCUAUAACUGAAAACUGAAUCAAAUGUCUGUUGAUACUUCCCUGGUCCAUGGGACCUUUUCCUCUUCGCUUCGAAAUCGUUCUGUAUGGAAAGUCCUGGGGCAAAUUCUCACAUCGACAACGAAGCUUCAAGAAAGCGAACUUCCUGGUCAUGAUGUCGAUUUCCAUCUUGUCUCGAAUUCGCAGUAUCUACAUGUCCUCCUUCUGACACCAUCAUGCCUCGAAAGCCGCAACGAACAGGAAACUAUCUCUCGAUUGAAGCAGUUCUCCAAGUCCAUCUCUUCAGACCCUCAACGCAACGCUGUUGUCUUUCUUCUUUCUGAGGAACCUUUCAGCAGUGCGAGUGGCAAAUGUAAACUGGACGGGCUGUUGACUCUACAGGUGUUGAUUGUCGAAUCCCUCAAGACCCCAAUUGCUAUAAUCCCCGUUCCAGACUCAACCCGCUUCCUAUGCUGCAUUGAAAGCUACAUGGUCAAUAUCAUCGAACUCCCAUCGCUGAACCCAACGUUAUCUGAUUCCGUUUCUCUGCUGUCCCAGACAACAAAAUUUGGGGGUUCUCGUGGACUUUCUGAGCACGAUACCAAUGUGCUGAGUGAUUUGUUUCCAUCGCUAGGGGCUAUGAGUCAGGCUGUUCGAACACAGGAGGGGCGAGCUGUUCUACAGGAUUACUUUGGGGAUAGAAUCAUGGGCGAAAUUGUGGGUUUCUGGGAGGACGAUGGGGUGUGUGAGUAGGGGAUUAGUAUAUGGCCAAGUGAUUGUGGAUGAUGUGGUUUGUAGACAUCACGCACGCU